AUGACCUACCCUACCGCAUCAGAAUACCAUUCUGACUCGCUUGGCAAUGUGGCUUUUAUCAACCCUUCUGGUUCAAAGGGCGAGGUAUCACUCUCAGAGCAAUGGGAAUAUCAUGAUUGUUUAGGAUUCGGAGUUGCUCUAGGGCUCAAUCGAGAACCUCUUCUCUGCGACGAUAAAACUGGUAGAUGUUCCGGAAAUAGACAUUCUGGUAUACGCUUCAAACAUUCCUCAGGAGCCUUCAUUACGCAAAGGGUAUGUGGAACAUUGGUCUUUAGAGACAGUCAAGGUCAUCAUACCAUUAUCACAAGUGGAGGGGCAGUGGUAUUUCAAGAUGCAUGCGACGGGAAACUCACUAGGAGCAAGAGCUGGAAAUGGAUAAAGAAAGGCUCGACUCCAAGCUUGAAGGAUACAGUAACGAUGACGAAGAAAGCUUGCAAUGCUCGUCCUAGAUUAAUGAAACCGUUGAUACAACUUGAUACAUUCUCAGUCAGGGAAAGAACAAGUGGCGAAGAAGACUUUGACAAUCUAAUGCCUAACAAUAGUAAUGGACGGAAAGCAAAAGGGUGUUGUCAAGUCGAAAGAUCCGUUCAGGAGAAAAAAGGAAAACGGGAUCUUUCGGAGAUCAUUGUGAUGAAGGAGCUUUGA